UCGCGAUCGUUGCGUAUAUGACUAACCAUAAUUAAUUGUAGUUUCGCGUGUAAGUGCCACGAGGAAACAGCAAAGGAAGAAAGGAAAGAAGAUUUGGAAAAGCAUCGGGCGAUGAACGAAGCAACGAUAUGCAGUCGUUUGUGCUGAUGAUCAUAAUGGCUAAUGUUCCAACAGUCGCGUUCUCCAAUGGACAUAAAAUGCCGAUGUUGGGCCUCGGAACUGCCAAGUCCAAGAAUAAGGAUGCAGCAAGAGCUGUUAAGGAAGCAAUAGAUCUCGGAUAUCGGCAUAUUGAUACGGCUUUUUUUUACGGUAACGAGAAAGAGAUCGGGGAAGCUAUCCGCGAAAAAAUCGAAGACGGUUGUGUAACCAGGGAAGAUCUAUUUAUUACCACAAAGCUGUGGAAUAAUUGCCACAAAGAAGAGCACGUUGUUCCGGCCUGUGAAAAAUCAUUGGCCAAUCUUGGUUUAAAAUAUUUAGAUCUCUAUUUAGUUCAUUGGCCAUUUGCUCUCAAGGAAGGGGAUAAUUUGAUACCGCAGGAUAAGAGUGGAAAUUUGAUCGAAUCGGAUGUCGAUUACGUGGAAACGUGGAGAGGAAUGGAAGAAUGCGUUCACCAAGGGUUAACUCGUAGCAUCGGGAUCAGUAACUUUAAUUCCGAACAGAUAAGCCGUCUACUUGAAUCGGCUAAAAUCGCGCCGGUUAAUAAUCAGAUUGAAGUUAAUAUAAACCUAAAUCAAGAGAAAUUAGUAGACAUUUGCAAGAAACGCAACAUUACGGUAACUGGUUAUUGUCCUUUAGGACACCCCGGGAAUGCAUUAGGUAUUGAAAACAAAUUAGAUAGUUCUGUGAUGCUGAACAUCGCAAAAAAACACAAUAAGACUCCGGCACAAAUAGCGCUUCGAUAUGUGUUUCAAAAAGAAGUUGCACCAAUACCAAAAUCUAUAACUAAAAGUCGAAUCAAAGAAAAUAUAGAAAUUUUUGAUUUUACAUUGACAUCCGAUGAAAUGAACGCUAUCCGAAAACUCGGCACUGGAGAGAGAGUAGUAGAUUUCGCUAAAGCAAAGAAUUUCAAGUAUUUUCCUUUCAACAUUCCAUUUUAAAUGAUACCAGCAUAAAUAGAAAGGAAAAGAUAUUUUACUCUAAAAGAUUAAAAAACAAAAAUAUAAACCAUCUUUGUA